AUGACAACAAGCAAUGAAACAAACUCGGAGUUCGCCGAAGCCCGAGUCCAUUCAUUCAUAGAACUCUACCGAUCCCUACCUAUAGCCAGUUUCGAAUUAAGUGAUUCCAUAUCUUUCCGAAUCACAUCACAUAUAAAGAAUAAAAUAUUGGGUAUAAUGCAAGCAGAAUCAGAUCAAAGAAGAUAUCUACUCUUAAUGGCCAUGGCUCAUGUCAAAGAAUUUAAACAACUAUGGUCAACCUUCCAUAAUUUGAAUCAUUUAGUAGAAGGAGAUAUGCAAUAUUUAUACGAAAUUUCAAAAUUAGAUGUCGCUGUUCCUGAAAGAGUAGACAUGUUAAUAGCUACUCUAGGUAAUGUACAUACCAAACAUGGAGUAAUGGAGGUAAUGUGGCCAAUGACAACCGCAAAGACCUGUUUGGCCAAUGCAUUAAAAUAUGGUUGUUAUUAUUUUGAGGAACAAGUAUUUUCAAAACAUUUACCUGAUUUUAGUAAAGGAUAUUGUUCUCAAUUGAUUUGGAAAGAUGAUGAAGGAUAUAAUAAAUAUCAACAUUAUUGUGAUCGAUAUUUGAAUGCCCAUGCUGAUUUAUCAAAAAAGGGUUAUAAAGCGAUGUUUACUGAAGAAUAUACUUGUGUAUACGAAGCAUAUUUGGUUCCGAAAGAACAAUGGAUGACCAAAAUGGAUGAAUAUGAUGGAAAUGAUAUUGUCAUCAAGACUCUAAAGGUAUUAGGAUUGGAAUUAUGUAGUUUACACGCGUCUACAUUACAAACCAUGGCUACUAGAGUAUGUCAUGUCUAUGAAAGAUAUGAAAAGGAUAAUUUUAGGAUCCCAUUAUAUGUCACCAAGGGACGAAAGACGGGUUGGAUUGGACAAUUAUGUGUUGUGACUCCUAAUAAGACUAUUAAUUUUGCAUUUGAUUGUACUGGAAGUGAUCGAACCAUUGGAUAUAUCUUAAAACCUUGUAUUUAUUAUGAAAUAAAUGAUAAUACAAAAGCAAAUAAAUUAUUUAGUAAAACAGGAACUGAACAAUAUGAAGAAAGUAUUCUCGAAGGAUCUUAA